CGCUUUUCUCGAAUCGAUCUUGCCAUCCUGGCCGUCCGGCUCGUCUCUGAAGUCGCCGUUCAGCCCGCAAGCGACUGUCGUCUCCAGGAACAACCCGUCGACUUGGAUCCAUCCAUCAGCCCGUUUGUCGAUCUGUCCAUCUCGUUCAUCCUCCCAGUUGCGCCAAGGCACCUCCAGCCCGGCAUUCCCCCCUGCCCCAGCGUCCGCCUCUGAUCAUGUCGCAUCUCCAGCCUGAUUAUGGCUCGGCAUCGGCCGGGCAGGAUGCGACGUCGCUGCUGGAUUCAUCCCUGUCGUCACCCGCUCCCAGCCUGCAGCCCGGUUUGGGCCCACCAGUCUAUUCCAUUCCCCGGCCCUGCCAUCACUGCCCCGACACCCCUGCCAACUCACCCAACAACCAACCGACGCCAACCUUUCUACUCGUCCGACACACAGGAAGCAGAGUGGAAAAGAAGCGAAUCCACCGGUCGGGGGUCGCUUCCUCGGCUUCAUCACGGACCUCGGCCUCGUCCAAUCCCUCGCUUGACAUCGACCAGCAGCUACGAAAUGCAGUGGUGCAAAUGAUUCGAACAGGACAGUCUGGCGGCUCGCUCCACUCGUCCGAUGGCGCUCAUCAUCCUCCGGGCCAAUCUUCCUCGAGCUCGCUGAACCGGCUACCCGGGUUUGCAGCCGUCGCCGACAGCUCCCACCCCGACUCGGGCGCUGAUGUUGGUGCCGUGCUGCAGCGAUUCCAUGAAAUUGUCCGCAGCGGCCGGAUCGCCGACGUCCGAGCAUUUCUUGAGCACCAGCGCGGGCAGGUGUUCAUCCCUCCAAUGUCUUCGCCGUCGGAUUCCGAGCUGCUGCAGCCAGUCGGUGUCGAUGGCCCCGAGCAAGCCUGGCUACCAAUCAUCUCAGGAUCACCCAUCCACCCGUCUGACGAAAUGUCCUUCCCCUCCCGGACAAGUGCAAGCGAGGCCGGGAGCGAUGGCAAUGGCAACGAUGACGGUGACGGCGAUGGACCGCCGUUCUUACUCGAAGAGCAGAGCGGACGAUCGGCCCAAGCAAUCGACUUUGCCGACGGCAUGAUCUGGGAGAGCGAUGACAUUCCGGCGGGACGCGGGCUGCACGGAGUCAACUCGGUUGUAGACGAAUGCUUUGGCAGCUUCGAUGUCAAUGGCUGCGAUGACCGUGGGAGAGCUGCUGUUCACUAUGCUAGUGUUGGAGGGCACGCCCCCAUUCUCCAGCUGCUGGUCGACUGGGGAGCAAAUGUGCAUGCCCAGGAUAUGAACGGAAACACACCCCUCCAUCUGGCUGUCCUCUCGAGCCACCUUGACUGUGUCAUUGUGCUGCUUCGUGCUGGUGGGAAUGUCAAUAUCCUCGACAAGUUUGACCGGACACCUCUCAAGCUGAUCGACGCUCGCCUGCAGAUUGUCAAAGCCAGAUUGGCGGAUGCCAACCGCUCAGACAUGGUCCAGAGCAACUCGAGGCUCUUUGAUGAACUCAGACAGAUUGCCGAGGUUCUCGGUUUCUACUCCGAUCAAGCCAGAACUGCCAGUCGAGUCAAUGUCCAGCAUGGAUUGAGCCGCCCCACUACCUCGUCAUCGGGAUUGGAUUCGCAGGCCCUCUAUGCCAAACUUUCUCAUAUCCAGACGACUCAGGAAGCCGUCGAUGUCGUUGAGGAGCUCGAGGGACUUCUCGAUACGCUGGCAAUUCAUGGCCGUUAAGUUCUCUAUCCACUCCUCCCUCAUCGUCGACUCAUCUCCGCAAGGCAUCAUACUCUCGUGCCAUAAUCUAUCG